CUCCGGAGAAGCAGGAAGUGCUCUGCCUUUGUUUUUGUCCGUCUGCAGUGUUUUCUCAUUCUCCACUGCAACUGUGUUUCACGCUGGCCCAAAUGGCGACGUUUAUUUCUGUCCCGUUGAAGAAGUCCUCUGAGGUCGACUUAGUGAAACCGCUGUCGAAAUUUGUAACGUCCACGUAUCCUCCCGGUGAGGAGCAGACGGAGUAUCUCCGGGCCGUGGAGGAGCUCAAUAAGCUGCGUAAAAGUGCUCUCGGCAGGCCGCUGGACAAACACGAGAGCUCGCUGGAGAUCCUGCUGCGAUAUUAUGAUCAGCUCUGUGCAAUUGAAUCCAAAUUUCCAUUUACAGAGUUAUGUCUGACAUUUACAUGGAAAGAUGCUUUUGAUAAAGGAUCUCUUUUUGGAGGCUCAGUCAAGCUUGCAUUGGCGAGUGUGGGCUAUGAGAAGACAUGCGUGUUGUUUAAUGUGGGCGCGCUGGCCAGUCAGAUUGCUUCUGAGCAGAAUCUCGACAAUGACGAGGGACUGAAGACCGCCGCCAAGUUCUACCAGCUGGCGAGUGGUGCAUUUGCUCAUAUAAAGGAUACAGUGCUCUCUGCACUGAAUAGAGAGCCCACCAUGGACAUAUCCCCCGAGACGGUGGGCACGCUCAGUCAGAUCAUGCUCAGCCAGGCACAGGAGGUCUUCGUUCUCAAAGCCACUGCUGAUAAGAUGAAGGACGCCAUUGUCGCUAAACUUGCCAAUCAGGCGGCAGAUUACUACGGCGAUGCUUUCAAGCAAUGUCAAUACAAAGAGAAUUUGCCUAAGUAUUUUUAUUUCCAGGAAGUGCUUCCUGUCCUCGCUGCCAAGCACUGUAUGAUGCAGGCCACCGCAGAGCUGCACCAGUCAGCCUUGGCCAAUCAGAAGAAAAAAUUUGGAGAGGAGAUCGCUCGACUGCAGCACGCCACAGAGCUGGUGAAGACCGUGGCUUCUCGAUACGAUGAGUAUGUUAAUAUAAAGGACCUCUCAGAUAAGAUCAGUCGUGCCCUCACAGCUGCUAAGAAAGACAAUGACUUCAUUUACCAUGACCGUGUGCCAGAGGUCAAAGACCUGGAGCCCAUUGGCAAAGCAUCUUUGGUCAAAACAGCUGCUAUUCAGACACCACUGAGCCAGAAGUUCACAGAUCUGUUUGAGAAGAUGGUGCCGAUGGCAGUGCAGCAGUCAGUGAGUGCAGCCAAUUCCAGGAAGUCUGACACCGUCAACAGACUGAUUGGCAGCAUGAGGGAAGCAACGAAUCUCUGCAACGGGGUGUUGGCGUCUCUGAACCUGCCGGCAGCAUUAGAAGAUCUGUCAGGAGAUGCAGUCCCUCAGUCCAUCCUUGAAAAGAGUCGUGCUGUUGUUCAGCAGGGCGGCCUACAGAGCAUCGAACAGCUUAUUAAAGAUCUCCCUGAACUACUGCAGAGGAACCGUGAGAUCCUGGAUGAGUCCUUGAAGAUGUUAGAUGAUGAGGAAACAACAGACAAUGAACUCCGAGGCAAAUUCAAUCAGCGCUGGAACAGAACUCCCUCUGGAGAUCUGUAUAAAUCACUCAGAGCAGAGGGAAAUAAUUUCCGAAAUAUACUGGACAAGGCGGUGCAGGCUGAUCAGGUGGUGAGAGAGCGUUACAAUUCACAUUGUGAGAUGAUUGCUUUGCUCUGCAAGCCAGAGAAUGAGCUCAGUGCUGCCAUACCGUCUGCCAACCCUGCCAAGACUCUGCAGGGCAGUGAGGUGGUAAACGUGCUGAGAGCUCAGCUGGCACAGCUGGAUGAGGUGAAGAGGGAACGGGAAGUUCUGGAGGGAGAGGUGAAGUCGGUGACUUUUGAUAUGACCGCAACGUUCCUUACCGCACUGGCUCAAGAUGGUGCCAUCAACGAAGAGGCUCUGACCGCCAGUGAGCUGGAGACACGUUACGGCUCUCAUACACAACGUGUUCAGCAGAAUUUACGCAGACAGGAAGAACUGUUAUCACAGAUACAGGUGUCUCACCAGGAGUUUUCAGCACUCAAGCAAUCCAACUCUGAGGCUAAUAACAGGGAGGAGGUCUUGAAGAAGCUCGCCUCAGCCCACGAUAGCUACAUAGAGAUCAGCUCCAAUAUCAAAGAGGGCACUAAAUUCUACAAUGAUCUGACAGAAAUCCUGUUAAAGUUUCAAAAUAAGUGUAGCGACAUUGUCUUCGCUCGUAAAACCGAGAGGGAUGAACUUCUCAAGGAGCUGCAGCAGAGCAUUGCUCGUGAGCCGAGCGCUCCUUCAUUCAACGUCCCAUCAUACCAGUCCAACACUCCUGCUCCUGCCUCAGGAGGCCCGACCCCUGUGCCCAGGACUGUGUUUACCCAGCAGCAGCCUCAGGCUAAACCCCAGCCGCCAGCGAGACCACCACCCCCUAACGUCCCUCCUCAGGCGGCCAGUGCUUCUGCUCAAAUCAGUACACCAAUGGCUCCUAGCGGCACUAAUCCUCCACCUGUUGCACCACCCUCACAGGCUCAAGGACCACCCUACCCCACUUAUCAAGGCUACCCAGGGUAUUACCAGAUGCCGAUGGCCUAUAACCCCUAUGCAUACGGGCAGUAUAAUAUGCAAUACAUGCCCUAUCAAGCCCAGGGGCAGGCUGGAUACCCAGGAGCCCCUCCUGCACAGCAGUCCUACCCCUAUCCUCAACAACCGCCACAGCAACAGCCCUAUUACCCUCAACAGUAGAGCGCACCUCUCACUCCUACAGCCACACUCAUUCCUGUAAACUAGCACUCCUUUUACUACAGUUAACUAUUAACACUUCUGCACUCACACUCGCUCUCCACUUAACAUCUGGUUUAUCUGGGCAGGGUUUAGAAUGCAGGCCCCUCCCCCUCUUUGUGGGUAGAUUUUAGGCCAAGGGUUACAAAGCAGGUGUGCUUGUCUCGUCGAGGGAAGAUCUGAUCUGAUCUAUCUCUCUCUUUCUGAAGUGAAGCUGCUGGCUGCCUGCCACUGCUUAUAUCUUAUUUUUGUAAUGAAUACUGACAUAUAAUCUAAUGCAAGAGCUGAUUUUUUUUUUUUCUUGAUGAUGAUGAUUUAAUUGCUUGGGAGAAACACCAUGGUUGUAGUUGUAUCAUUAUACCUCCUUAUGUUCAGUCUACAAUCAUCACUUCGGGAAAGGAACAGUUAUACAUCUUAGAGAAUGGAUUUGUCACUAAAAAUAAUUCAUUUUUGUGUUUCUAUUGUUUUUAUGUGAUUUAAAACCUGUCUGAUAUUAAAGAUUUUUUUUGUUCCCUUUCUGUGCAUGGUACUUUGAGCCUGUAGGCGUACUUUCAGAAUUUUUGGUUUUUGCUGACUUUGUUUUGCGUUCAUCCAGUGCCAAAUCCAACAGCUGACCAGAUUGUGUUCAGAUUAAUAGGCUGGGCUGUGAGUGUGGCUGCAAGUCUGACUGUCACCACACAUGAAUUCAAGUGUGUUUGUUCGAUAAUUAUUCCCAUGCUAUUUCUGUCUUGAAAGAGCCAUGCUGAACCGACUGUCUCCAUGGAUACAGAUGGAAGAGGAUGGGUUUGUUUUUUUCGCAUGCAGAUAAAUGAAUGUUUAUCAAGGUAUCAAAGUGUUUUGAUUAUGUAAGGAUGUUUUCUUUAGGUCAUAACAAACUUGGUUCACAUAUACUUGAGCUGUGCAUUGUUGUUUUGACAAGUGUCAUUUGCCAUCAACAGAGCAUUUUGGGAUAUUGACGUAACUGUCACCUGAUUAACUGCUCAAUCAUAUUGUGUGUUUAAAAGAGAAUACAUGACUGUAACUACAGUCAAAAGCUUUAUGAGCUAUAUAAAUGACGUUUAAAAUGGUCUAAAAGCGUCACACGCAGAUAAUGUAAUUAACACCACUGUUUGGCAUCAUGCCUCCUCAGCUGUUGGCUCUUACUGACAAGCAUUAGAAUGCCCUUCACUUCCGGAAAUAGUUUUGUAUUAUAAUCUAGCUUGGUAAUAGGGCAGGGAUUUUAUAGAUCUCAGAUAUGUUUCAAUUUAAAACAUUUGGGAUUUUGAUUUGAUUUUAUUUGGAAUUUGAUUAAUUCCCAGUUCAUUAGGUUUUAUUUCAGUUAUAAAGGCCAUUUUACCUGCGAAUGAAAUAAAAAUGUUCUCAGCUAAUGCUUUAAAUUAUACAAGGUACCUUCCAACUUGAAACACUGACUAUAUAACACCAUGUAUAACACAAGCGCAGUUCAAUUAUUUAACAGCUGCAACCUCAGUGAAUCAAGUGAAGUAAACUACAUUUGUGUGUGUGUUUAAAACUGUUACUGACAAUGUGUAUUUUUUUUUAAUAUAUUAAUUAAAAACAUUAUGACCACUUA